AUGGCCGCCAUUGCAGCAGCCAAUCUUUCCCAUAAUUCGAUCCCCGAGGACACGGAGGAGGAGGAGGAGGAGGUAGAGAGGCCGAAUGUCGCUGUGCGGCCCCUCACUGUGUCGUCGGUGAAGCGGCCAGGAUUGAGACUCAUUGAGGGGCAGGCUUUUGCGUACAAUGAAGAAGGCCUCGCCCUCCUCGCCCAAGGCAAAACCCUCAACUCCAACCCCACCCUCGCCCUCUCCCUCGCCAAAUUCGACCGCGCAAUCCAACUCCUCCCCACCGAACCCACCUUUUUCAACAACCGCGCCGAAGCCCACAUCGCCCUCUGCGAUUUCGAGUCCGCCAUCGCCAAUUUCCGGCACCACAUCGCUCUCGCCGACGCCGUGGCUACCAAGUCGUCACCCACGAGGUCGAUGGCGGCCAGCCCGAUGAGCAGUUCCACGCGGCCGGCGACGAGAGCGAAUGGAGAUGUGGGCGUGCAUGCGUCGGUCUUUGUGCUGACGAGGAAGCUGGCCCCGAUUGCGUAUACAUGGGGCAACUGCUUGUUUGAUAUGAAGCGGUUUGAGGAGGCGUUGAGGAUGUUUGAGUAUGCGAUGGGGAUUGGGAUGCGGGCUGAGGCUGUUUUGCUCAAAUGUGCAUUGGCGUACAUAGGUCUAGACCAGCUCGACGCCGCCCUCGAGAUCCUCUACAAGCUCACAGAAGCUCCCAACCCCAACAUCGAGCUCUACAUCGUCCGCGCCAAGAUCUAUCGUCAUCUCGGAAACGUCGAAUUCACAAACAUAGACCUCCAACGCGCCCUCCUCGUCGACCCGACCCACCCGGAACUCGCGCCCCUGCUGACCUACACACUCAGCAAAGCGGUGGAUUAUAAGAACUUUGCGUGGCAUGAGACGAUGAAGGGGCAUCCAUUGGCGGCGAUACAGUAUUUGACGCAUGCGUUGGAUUUGGAUGAGGGGGAUGUGGCGGUCUAUAAGCAGAGAGGGAUACUACUGGCAGAAAGCGGCCAAUACGAAGGUGCUAUCCAAGACCUCGAAAAAGUGCUUUCGGUCACUUCACCGGCUGAUGUGGGCACCGUGGCGGAAGUUCGGAGCUGCUUGGCGGGGGUUUACGUCGAUAUUGGGUUGAUUGCAUACCAGAAGGGGGAGCUCCAGGCUGCGAUUACCUCGUUUACGGAAGCGUUGGGGUAUAGUCCUGACAAUCCCAUUAUUCUCAAGAACCGGGCGGACUGCCACCAAGCCCUCGGCCACAUAUCCGCGGCAAUAACCGACCUCGCCCACGCACUCGAAAUUGACCCAGACGACGACGCCUGCCGCGAGCGGUGCGCGCUGCUGUGGGCGAUUGUCGCGGACCAUGCGAGUGUGGAUGCUGGUGCGGGCGGGGAGUGGAGGAAGGCGGUUGAGUUGUGGGGGAUGGCUCUGCAAUAUGAUCCGCUAUGCGCCGAGUACUUUUUCCGAAGAGCCAGGGUGUAUUACCGUAAUCAGAAAAUAAACGAAGCCUACACCGACCUCCUCUCCGCGCGCGCCCUGGAUCCCACCAACGUCGAGAUCUACGCGAUGGUGUGUGAACUCCAGGGCGGGCCGCAGUUGGCGUCGUUGCAGCCGUUUGCGGCGCCGGGGGUCGUCAAGAGAGUGGGUGGGAAUUGGGUCGGUGGGGGUGUUGGGGUGGUUAAAGGUAAACGAGGUAGCACCCCACCCGCCAAAGCCGGCGCGUCUGCCACUACAUCAGUUGCUUCCAGCCCGGCCUCCACAACCACAAUCCGCAUCCCAGCCUCCAGCCACGACCACGUCCUCUCCCUUCCGCCGCUUUCUCUCCCGAAACUCUCGGUUAAGGAAGGCGGCGAGCAUCCCUAUCAGAGUAGCAGGAGAGGGGUGGAGGUGGGGAAGAAGAAGGAGGGGGAGGGGAAGGGGAAGGAGGGAGGGAUGAAGAAGAGGGAGGAAGAUGAGGCGGUGGAGAAGUUGAGGCCGAUGUUGCAUAGGGUGGCGUUGGAGUUGGAUGUUUGA